AUGCCCCGCUCAAAAAGACGUGACCAACAGUCAAAAGAGAGGUCCCCAAGAACCCCCCAGCCUGUUGAGAGGUCUCCAAGAUCCCCCCAGUCUAGGGAGAGGUCCCUAGGAUCCGCCAAAACUAGGGAGUGGUCCCCAAGAACACCCCAGCCUGAGGAAAGUGUGAUAGAUCCAAGAGGAACAGUAAACCCUGUUUCUAUCUCCCAGAGAAAGAGAAAACCAAGAUCUCAAUCUCUUGCUUCAUCUCCUAUUCCUCAGGUGGAUGGAGAUGAUAGACGCUUAAGUAUUGAAUCUGAACCUGAUCCUAGCCUUGAACCUGAACCUUUUCAUGAACCUGAACCUAGCUUCGAACCUGAACUGGAACCCAGCCUUGAACCUGAGCCUGAUCAUGCACCUGAACCUAGCCCUGAAUCUAAACUAGAACCUAGCCUUGAACCAGAACAUGACCUCGAGCUUGAAACAGAAGCUGAGAGAUAUUUACGAAUCUUAAAAACUUUAAAAUAUCAUUGCGAUUUUUCAGAGAAUCUUAGAACUUUAAACAUGUAA